AUGGAAAAAGUCCCUUAUGCUAUGGCUCUAGGGUGUUUAAUGUACAUCAUGGUCAGCACAAGACCAGACAUAGCACAUGCUCUAAGCAUUCUUAGCAGGUUUAUGUCCAACCCCGGAUUAGAGCAUUGGAAUGCUCUUAAGUGGCUACUUAGAUAUCUAAAGGGAACUACUGAGAUAGGAUUGAGAUACAGACAGAUGGAUCAGAAAGUUACACUUGAAGAAUUUGUAGAUGCAGACUAUGCAACAAGUAAGGAUACAAGGAGGUCAACUACUUCACAUGUAUUCACAACAAAUGGAGAUUGCAUAUGUUGGAAGUCCCAAGUACAGUCAGUGGUGUCACUAUCAACAACUGAAGCUAAGUUCAUGGCCACCACCGAAGCAUUCAAAGAGGCAAUAUGGUUACAAGGAAUCUUAAAGGAGCUGAAACUUCUCAAAGGCAAAGCUACUGUGUACUUAGAUAGUCAAUCAUCGAUUCAUCUAUGCAAGAAUCCGGUUUCCCAUGAGAAAACCUAG